GAUCACUACCUUAAAUUGGGUUCUUUCAAACUAAUGGCAGACGAUGCCCCCACUUCGAAACCAGUUGUAGACCGUAGUAAGAUAUGCCCGUUUCUGUUACGGGCGUUUGUAAAAAUUGGUGGACACCACCGCUUGAGCAUAUUCGAAGACAACGUCUUACCUGUUGCCGACGAGUAUCAGCUGUAUACAUGGAAUGAUGCAACCCUCCGCGAACUGGUCACUGCACUCCGUGCGCUGCCGCCAAACCCACUUACCAGUUCUCUUCGACAUGGCGCUGCACGCUUCUCCUUCCGUGCCGUUUUCCCUGAUCCCACCGACAGAGGGCGUAUUUCCUACAAAGACCUAGGUACGAUCCACGCCAGGGACCUCACGCAAAUCAACUUGUUGGAAGGAGACUUUGAGACCGAGCAAGGCACAGACGAAUUGGAACGACGCGGGAGAAUAGAAGAAAAGGACAAAAAGAUUGCCGAAGAACGCACCAUAGAAGAACUCCGAGUCCAGCCAGGAGACUGGCUCGACGUUGCAGUCAUGGUCCCCACAUCAACCGGUAUCCCCAGUGCCUCGGGAUCGUUUGGCGCUGGUGGCCCGAGUAUUAGAGGCGCUGCGGCUACUCGUGGAGCGGGAAGGGGGAUUGGGAUCCUCGCGCACCAACUUCCCGGUGGACCCGCGACACUGAAUCUAAACUUACUCAAAACUGGCGAGGAGGCGCACCUCGCGGGGUAGGAUCAUUCCUCGGGCGUGGGGGCGGACUUCCAGGCCAUGAGGAAAACAGGAAUGGGCUUUCGGAGCGAGGGCGUGCUCGUGGUAGCGCUGCGCUUAACCGCCGCGGAUUGCCUCGUAGAGGGUCACCCGAUCGCACCUUAGGAGGAGCGGAAGAAGACAGGGCUCCGCACAGAAGGCCCCGUAGUCGUUCGAGGAGUCGUUCGAGGUCUCCAUCCCGCUCUCGCUCCCCUGUCCGUCGAAGAAGUCGCUCACGCUCUCGCAGUCCGUACGUGCGUUCUCGUUCUCCGCGUUACCGGCGAAGACGCAACGAUUAGGUGAAACAAUCGGAUCAAGCUGUUAGCCUUGGUAACACCACGAUCGUUCCCAGACAUUUCAUUUGUAACUUGCUGUGAUUGAUUGUCUUGCGUGCUAUCUUGAUUCGCAAUAAGUACAAGUGUGAAACAUCCACUAAGAAACGAACAAAGAUUAUAAACUUAGAGUAAAUUGUUUAAGAGAG